CUUGCUGAGGGGCUGAUGGGUGUUGGCAACACCGCCUCCUUCCCGUCCUCCCUUCCUUCCUCUCUCUCGGGCUCUCCGAGGCUUGUCAGAGGCCUACAGCCUCAGCCUCCAAGCAGUCGCGGCGGGCGGGGGAGCGAAGUUCCAGAGGCGGCCACGGCACGCGUGUCGCCGAAACUCGCCUCGCACCUCCGCCACUUGCUCGGCGGCGAGGCGCUCCGCUCGGCUUCCUCCUUCAGGCGGCACCUGCUGCUACUGCUGCUACAGGAGCAGCAGCGGCCAAGGGAGGGCCGGCUUCAGUAUUUCCUGUGGAAAUCCCGGAGCAUUCAGCUCCUCCUCUCGAUUCUUCCCCCACCCCCGCGCGUGUUUGCGGGUUGGGGAUUGAGGAAGGGAGGAAGGAGCAGAGCGCGUUGGCUGUUGUCGCUUCUGCCUUCUGCGUCUGACCGCCCCCCCCCCCCCCCCACCUUCCUCCUCCCCGACCUCCUUGUCGCUUUCUGCCGUUCGGCUGUGGCGUCCCGGCUCGGCCACCCACCCACCCACCCCGGCCUCCAGGAGCAGCGUCCUUCCGAGCCGGCCGAUCUUCCCGCUUCCCCACGCGCGCCCCCUUUGCGUCUCCGGAGGGGAAAGGGGAAAAAAGAAGAAGAAGCAAGGGGGGCGCCGGGCUCCCGCAGCGCUUCCCCGAUGGGCAGUUUGCUGAGCGGAGUCAGCUUCAAGGAGCCCACCACGGUGGAGGAUUGUGACUCGACCUGGGAGACGGAUUCGGAGCCGGAGCUGCAGGACCCAGGCGGGGAAGAAGGGCAACCGCUGGAACAGGCGGGCGGUGGCGGCGACGGCGACGACCCAGCGGCUGACCGGCAGCAGCAGCAGCAGUCAGAGGAACCGCUCCCUGCGGCAGGCGGCCGGCCGGAAGCCGCCGAGAAGCGCGAAGGGGCUGCUGAGGAAGAGGAGGAGGUGGUGGAGAAGGAGGAGGAAAAGGAAGGAGGAGACGGGGUGGCCGAAGAAGACGAAGCUGAGGGCAGGGAGCAGGGAGAGACCGAAGCCCCCGGGCCCGAGCAGGGGGAUGAUUCAGUUGAUGUGACAGCUAAACCAAAGAGAAGUUUUUAUGCUGCAAGAGACUUAUAUAAAUAUCGUCAUCAAUAUCCACAGAAUUUUAAAGAACUGAGAUACCAGAAUGAUUUGUGCAACCUCCGCUUUUACAAGAACAAAAUUCCCUUUAAACCUGAUGGGGUUUAUAUUGAAGAGGUCCUGAAUAAAUGGAAAGGAGAUUAUGAAAAGUUGGAACACAAUCACACCUACAUACAGUGGUUGUUUCCACUCCGAGAGCAAGGACUGAAUUUCUAUGCAAAAGAAUUAACAACCUGUGAAAUUGAGGUAAAGCAUCUAAUUUAUAAUGUAAUGCUAAUACUUAAACAUUUAAACUGGAAUAAUUUUAUAUAUUUAAUGCUCUUGAUGUUUGUGCAUUCUUGUAAAAACAAUCUGUUACAGGAGUUCAAAAAAACGAAAGAAGCGAUUCGAAGAUUCCUAUUAGCUUACAAAAUGAUGUUGGAGUUUUUCGGGAUAAAAUUAAUUGAUAAAACUGGGAAUGUAGCACGAGCUGCUAACUGGCAAGAAAGAUUCCAGCACUUGAAUGAAUCCCAACAUAAUUAUCUGAGAAUCACCCGGAUUCUGAAGAGUCUUGGUGAACUUGGUUAUGAGAGUUUCAAGCCUCCUCUCGUGAAAUUAAUUCUACAUGAGGCUCUGGUGGAAGAAACCAUUCCCAACAUUAAACAGAGCGCUCUCGAAUAUUUUGUCUACACCAUUAGAGAUCGAAGAGAGAGGAGAAAACUCCUACGGUUUGCCCAACAGCACUACACACCUUCUGACCAUUUCAUAUGGGGACCACCAAAGAAACAGAAGCCAGAAGGGAGCAAACCAAGUAAAAAGCUGGCUUCACCAGUGUCCCUUCGCAACAGCUCUACUUGUAAGCAUAAAAAGACAAAAGAGCUCAAGAACGUAUCUGAAAUUUGUAACUCAAGGAAUAAAACAAAUGACGAGAAAAAAACAGAGCAUAUUAAAAACGGUACCGAUAGUGAUCAGAGUAAGAAAACUGGCUCGCCUGAAGUUGUUAAGCAGAGCAGUAUGGUAAAAAAUAGUAGUGCUGAAUGUCACAACUCUAAAAUGGACAUUGUUGAGCCUUUGAAUCAGAAGGAGACUAUUUCUCACUUAAAAAAACAUAAAGGCAAAAACAAGGAAAACGUUAGCCAAGACUGUAAACAUUUGGAAGAUACAGAAAAAGAUUCAUGUGAGACUAAAAAUGAUUCAACAAAUAUAUCAUCGGAUAUGCAAGACAAUAUAUGUAAGGAUAAAAACCUGGCGAGUUCAUCUGUAAGAAAUAAAGAGUGAAAUCUUCUACUGCAUAUGACAAAAUGGGUUUUCGCUAGUAGAAAAUUGUUAAGAAACAAGAGGUCUUUGGUACUGGAUCCAGUGCUCGCUACAUCAGCUUAACCUUGGUGGGGUUGUGGCUUCUUUAAUUUGUUUACGGUUUGUACUUCUCCCAGCUGUGUAUUAAGCUUACAAACUGCAUAUUGCUAAAGUCUUAAGAAAAAAACCCGUUCCUUUAAAUCUGUUUUCUAUGCAUAAAAAUCUUAACAUUGAUUUUUAAUGUGUAUUUCAUUUAAACUCUUUUAAUGAAUUUUAAGGUUUUGUUUUCAAAAUAUGGAUGCGAGAUAGACUUCCAAGGAGCCAAAGUUAAUGUCUCUUCAGCAGAUAACUAUGCUAAUGUUUAUAGAGUGCCUACCACUACUUAAAAAUGGGAAUUUAGCUGUAUUCUUAUUUAACACAGAAAGUGGACCUCAGAGACUUGAGCUAAAGUCAAGCACAGCCUUGAAUCACACUGGGCAAACUAUAUUAGUUCAGCUCUUUUUGAAGCUUGACUAUAAGGACCCGUAAUUAAUUUCCCUAGGUUAUUAUGAGAAAAUACAGAAGUAGCAAAUUGCUACCAUUUGCAUACUAGCCUCCCAACAUAUUCUUACAGUUUUGUUAUUGCCAUUUCUCUUGAUAUCUCCUCUAAUACAGUGUACUGAAUGAAGUGUUGGAAAAGUAGGAUUCAGAAGUGGUAAAGAGAGUACAGCAUUUAAAUGUUUUAAAAUAAAUAAUAAAACCUGGUAUGAUAUUCCAAAUGAAAGGUUGGGCAGGGAAUACAUUUAUUAGCAAAAUUCUUGCGGAUGUAAAAUUGGAUAAAAAUGUGUUCUGGUUGCAUGCUUUCUGCUUUCCAUUAUUAUCUCACUUCAUCCCUCACCCUUUUUGUUUCUGGUUUUUUUUUUUUUUUUUGCAUAGAGUUUCACACCUCUGAGAAUGAAGGUAAGCAUUUCGUCCAUGUUUACUUGAGUAUCUGGAGGGAAUCAUUCCACUUGAGAGGUUUCAUUCCUGUGGAUAGGGGCUUUUGUAUAAAACACAGAAAAAUGUAAAAGUUGCAAAGACCAAAAAAAUUGGUGUAGCC